UUUAAUUAUUUAAUAUAUAUUUAUUAUUUUAUAAUAUGUAAAAAUAUUUAAUACAUAUAAUAAUUUAUAUAUAUAAUGUUGAUCCCGCGCAAGGCGCGGAUCUUAACCUAGUUAUAAAUGUAUUUGUUAAUGUAAAGUUAGCCAAAUAAAAAUGUCACACGGUUAAACCAUUUUGUAACGGUUCCUCGCUUUUAAUGAAUAAUUAUAUAUAUGUCAUAAGAAUCAAAACAAUCGGUAAUGUUUUGUUUGAAUUAAUUGUAGAACCAAAAUAAUAACUAAUAGUAAUAAAUAGACCAAACAACUUUUUAAAGUAGAUUUAUUAAAACUCAUUCCCUUUUAAUAGUAUUGAUGUCAACAUCUAUGAUUACUUUUGAUUAUAGUCUUAUAGAUAGACUUUAUAGUAUAAACCCAGGGUAUAAAUUCUUUGAUGUUUGCAUACGUGGACUCUAGGGGUCAAGAAACGGCCAAUCACAAAGACAAAGCAUUUGCUUGAUUUAAUAUUUUCUAAAAAUUGACUAUUUACUAAGGAUUAAUUUUUGUUUUAAUAUUGUAAAUGUAAGUUUUUUAUCGGAAAGAAUAAUUCUUCAGACAUUUCAGUGUUCAAUACUGUUAUUAAUUCCGAAACUGUAACGUAAAACUUGAACAGUACUUGGUUCAGAAAAAAAAGAUAACCAAAAGUUUGCCGAGAUAUAAUUAACCCAAAUUAUGUAGGACUUUGAAAUCAUUUGUUUUUGAAAUAAAUACUCCACCAUGCUGAAGUCCUAACGAAAAUUACUUGAAUGUUUUUUUUGACAUAAAUAUUGGAGUUGUAAUUUUGAAAUCCUUAGUACUUUCAUAUAAUUUUAAUAAAUUUAUAGGUUUCAAAUGAGACUGGAUGAUAAAUCACAAUUAUUUUUAUUUUUAUUUUUUUGACAACUCACAAUUAUUAUUUUUUGCCAACGAUAAAUCACAAUUUUUGUUUAACCGUUUAUUUAAUCCUAUAUUUUUAUCACCAUAAAUAAUAUAUUCAAAACUAAUAGCUAAAUCAUAAUGCUGAUUUAUUUUUCCUACUAACUAGAUGUUUUUUUUGAACAUUACUAACUAGAUAUUAUAGGAGAUAACCUUUCAACUUCAAUGCUAAAUAACCCGUGGUCACAUAAAUGAUUUAGAGCAUGAUGCAUCACUAAUGCAAUGCAAUAACUUCAGAGUUCAUGAUCUAACUAAACGUCAUUUACCGUUUCGCUCUUCCAUUAUAAAAGAAACCAACAAAAAAAAACUCUUCACCAUUGUGUACUCUCAUUGUUGAAAACAAAAGUAUGAGCAACAUCAAACAAUUUCUCUUGGCCAUUUACAUCUCUCUAGUCUUAACAUGUGAAGAUCGUGUCGUAGCCAGGAGCGCCACCAUGAGAGACAUCAUAGGCCCCAAGAUUUCUGAAUGGCAAGUCAUGGUAGUCAACGGUUUAGCUACGUCUGAAACUCUCUUCAUCCAUUGCAAAUCUAAAGAAGACGAUUUAGGAGAACAUAAUCUGCGUCUUGGAGAUAGGUUUUCAUGGAAUUUUGGAGAAAACAUGCUUCACUCAACUUUGUUUUGGUGCUACUUGAGUAAAGAUGAUGGUCAUAUGAAUGUGGAAGUGUUUUGGGAUGAUGUAAUCUUAUUCCAUAGAUGUGGUUGGAAGAAAUGCGUUUGGACUGCUAAAACUGAUGGGCUUUAUCUUUGGAACUUUGCGAAUGGUGAAGACUUGUUGUUGGAGAAAUGGGAAGCUGGAUGGUGAUUUUUUCUUCUUAAUGUUUAGUUUUAUGGAGAAACAAAACUAAUUCAAGAUGUUUUUUUCUCUCUCACAAAACUCUCUUCAUUUUGUACUUUUUCCAUCAUAAAUUUCCGUUUUGUUUGUUAGUAUAUAGUUAUAUAUUACAUACACAAACCGGUUAAUUUAUCGAUUAAUAUUAUGUGAUCAACUUAGAAACAAUUAAAAUAUAAAUAAAUUAUUAGAUCUUCUCUCUAUUGCUCAAGAAUCCCAAUAUAUAAUUCAUGAUCGUUAUAGCAUUUGGUACAGCUUCGGUUUAUGUUCGGUAUUCAGAUAUAUGCAAUUUGUAAGACCUUAGUUUUGGUUUGGAUUUAGUUUGGUUUUCAAAAACAGAGGAGUCCUUCAAAUAUGUAUACUCAAGUAAAUGUUAAAAAUAAUGGUCUGACUAUCAUAAAAAUGACAAAGUAUGGAUUAUGUUUUGUAUUAUUUCUUGUUUUUCUACUAAUGAUCAAGCACUAAUAAUAGUACAGGUACACAGGUACAUAAAUGAACAAUAAAAUGAGUGUUACCGGGUCAAUCAAUCAUGCCUAUGCAAGGCUUUCAAAAUCGCAGGAGAUAACAGUAGGUUCAAGCUCAACCACAUGUCACUCUUGUUUAUUUCAAUGUAUGUGUUACUUUCUUCAUCUAACGCAAAUAAACUCCAGAGAUAGUGCAGAGGGAUUGGUGAAACUGUUGUAAAAUGAACAUACCACUGAGACAGCUGUGAUAAGGUCAUACAUAGCAUCUGCUACUGGAACAUGAUAUAUCACAACGGGGAGGUCACCUGCAAUACAAAAAUAAUUACAAUUCGAUAGCAUCAGAAUAUGCCAAACGACGAUCCUAUAAUAACAAGUAAUAAUUUGCAUUUCAAAUUAAUCUCCAUUGGCACAGAAAAAAAAACUCAGAGAACCAGUAAGGCAGGGUAAAAGAAGAGAGAUAGCAUUUUGAGUAGUGUUCAGAGUUUUAGAAAGUACAGAAAAGUAAUGACAGAGUUUUUGCUCAAAGGUUGAGAGGUAGAGCAGACAAAAUCCUACAGUGAUGCUGGUGAUGUGGAGGAGGGUCGAGUGUGAUGACAACUUGGGGCCACACAAUGUUUCCUCUAAUCUCGCAAGUCUCCUUGCGUCUCUCCAAAGAGAUCUCAGCACACCAAAUCUCCAACUUAUGAGGAGCAAGCACAUCCCAGAAGAUCAACAAGUUGGGACCAGAGUUGCUCAGUUUGUGCCCGGGAAGUACUUGAUCGAGUUCUCGAAUCUUGAAUCGCCUCGCCUCAGUAAUCCCACAACCGUCCAGCAUAGCUGACCAGCUUGGAAGCAGCGAGAGUGUAUCCCUGAGAGCCUCCGAGCCCAUCACCUCUCUCCACGCAACCACCUCGGUUUCGGGGCUCUCCCUCACACCACAUUACCAGCCCAUCACUAUUACUGCAAUACACUACAUUCUCUAUCACAUGCCAACCCCUUUCUUUCCAUUUGCUUUCACUUGGAAUGUAGGAUAAACAUUUUCCUGUGCCAGUCAUUGCAGCAAGCUCCUUCUCCUCCUUUAUCACAAUCUUUUCGCACAUUAAGGGACGACUACAAUGAGGCGGGGGCAUGGGGAUCGAUAAUCCAGGAACAUGACACUCGACGAGGCUCUUCCGCCAACCUAUCAAGGGUUCUUGGGGAGAGGGUGAACCAGCGUGGAUUUGGUUCUGGAGGGAUGCUUAAGCAUAGAUAGAUAAGGUUCUCUGUGCAGCCGGAAAGGGUUCUCAAGUUGUACAACUCAGGCGUCAACAAUAGAUAGAACCAUCUCUUCCGGCAACAAAGAUAACCCACUCCGAGGAUGAUGGCUCUUCCUCGCAUGGAUUCAUCAUCAUCCACGUUCUAGUUGUGCAAAGAGGUUAGUGGCUGAAAUCACUUGAAGCUAGCUUUACCUGAGACAGAGAAAAAUAAAUAUUCGGCGGAGAGGGAGAGGCGGAACGACAAACACCGCCGUUAAGUUUUUGGGUAUAUUUUGUAUAAAUAACCUCAAAACUUUUAAGUUAUGUUUUGGACGCCACUAAGACCAUGAUUAAGGCUGAAAUCCAAAUGGGUUUUUAAUUUUUUUUUU